AUGGGGGAAUGUGAAGAAAUUUUGCCACCAAAAUGUGGAAAAGAGGAUUUUGAAGUAACAACAACUACUCAAAUAAAUAGUACAAAAGAAGAAGGAGAAGAAAAUAAAAAUAAUAACGAGAAUAAUAAUACUGUAAUUAAUAAAAGGAGAAGAAGAAAACAGUCAGGCUUCCCAGUUUUGAUUAGACCGUUAAAUGGUGAUGGUCCUGCACCUCCUCUAGUUAUGUUUACAAAAUCAUCUUCAAAAAGAAGAAGGCCCACACAAAUUGACAAAAGAAAUUUUAUUGUAAAAGACGAAUUAAUUAAAAAUGAAAAAGAAAAAAUUGUAAAAAGCUUCGAAACAACAGUUAAAACAACUUUGUUAGAAAAUAAAAAACGAAAUAGUUUAGAAACAACAAUAGAGACAACAACAACAACAGUAACAAAACCUUUAACUACUUCUUUAUCAACAUCUUUUAAUGAAUUAAUUAAAGAUAGGUGA